GCGUGCGUCCGGACGCUCAACGCCAACUAAACGCAAGAGGGACUCAGACAUCAAUAACAUCUCUCUCAUCAAUAAGACAUUUUGAUGGAGUUAGACUGCUUAAUUAAAAAGGUUGCCUUGAAGGAAUUAGUCUCUCUGAAUUUAUAAUAUUUAAUCUAAUGACCCCCCAUGGAGCACAUCUGAAGAGGAUUCUUCAGCAUCCCCAUCCACAGGAAAGCGGCUCGCGCGGACACACCAGACUUUGAGAUUUCUUAUCUUCCAGCCAUGGCUAUCAACAAUGAUCCUACGUUUGGGAAAAGCGCCCUGGGGGAGAGAGAAGUUUCAAACCCCACCGAGUUCCAGGACACGGAGAAGCUGCUGAGCACCACGACCACUGAGCCCACCGGGCAGACCAACAUCAAGCCGUCCGACUCCUUCUCCCUCACCAUCAGAGGCAGCAUCCGCUCCCUGGACGCGGACCAGAAUGGACACAGAUCACCACUUAAGUCGGGCUCCAUCGGGCAGCUGGCCCCCCCACCCAGGUCCUUGUCCCGGCUCAGCUUGGGUCCUCUGCCCUCCCCGUUGCCACCCGGGUCCGCACCCCGGAGUUACCUCUGGCUCGCUGUGCUGUCCUGCUUCUGCCCAGCUGUGCCGCUCAACAUCUGUGCCUUGUGGUAUGCACAUGUGUCGAGGACAGUUCUCCAUUCAGGAGACAUAGCAGGAGCAAGGAAGUAUGGGCGUCUGUCUAUGCUCCUCAGCUGUCUAGCAAUACUGCUGGGUGUGGCUGUCAUCAUCUUCACAGUGUUAACAAUAGAGACCCAGCAGUGAGCUGAGCGAUAGAAGGAGUCACACCACUCCUGGCUCCUUAAACUUCAACCCUGAUCUCAAAUUUGCACAGAAGAGAGGAAGAGCAAAGUGUCGUUUAUUUUGAGAUGACAAAGCACAAAAAUCUGAGUUGAACAACAAGCUGAAGAGACUCUGUUGAUGCUUUUUUCUGCUAAGGACCAAAGAAAGAAAAAAAGGAAAGAAGUCGCAGGCUGUUUCUCUUUUUCUGGACAACACUCACCCCCACAAACUCAGGAACAACGAUGGGAAACAAACGCUACACACAGCUGUGGAGUCGGAUCAUCAGACGACACAGUUUGAAGUACUCAUAGUUUAAACUAGCGGUGCACUGAUGUACACACUUUGUUGUCUCAGAGAUUUGGAUGGCACUACCUUCUGCCUCUUCAAAACAAAAAUACAUAAUUCGGUCAAUCAUGAUUAUUAAAACACAAAAUGCAUCAGUGCACCUCUACUCUGCCACUGCCUGCCCUGUUUCUCUUUACUUCUGCAGCACAGUCCAGACUGACUCUGCAUCAAGUGAUUUCUUACACUGUUUACACCAAGUUUAAAACUCAUGUACAUUUAUCAUAGCGUGAUAUCUUGCUUUGCGUGCUUAUUAUGAUAAAAGUGAACCAACUGAACUGCCUGGAUCUACUCACCUCGUUACAAUAUACUGCAAGAUUUGAUUGGGACCGUCCCCCCCCCCCCCUGUAUGCACUGUUCUGGCAUUCUGAAGUUGAUGUUUCUAUAUUUAUACUGUAUGACUGGUUUACUGUGCCAUAGUUCUGCAUGUCUGAA